CCACUUGGUAUGGCUUGUAUAAAAGGACAUAAAAAAGUAGUUGAACUACUACUGAAGCAUGGAGCUAAUAUCAAUCAUAUUAAUAAACAAAAACAUACACCACUUGUUAUAACCUGUAUAGCAGGACAUGCAGACAUAGUUGAACUACUACUGGAGGAGGGAGCUGAUUUUAAUGUGGCUGAUAAUGACAAUGAUGCACCACUUGGCAUUGCUUGUCAUCAAGGACAUACAGAAAUAGUUGAACUACUACUGAAGCAUGGAGCUGAUGUCAGUCACGCUAAUAAAAAAAAACAUACACCACUUGCUAUGGCUUGUAUAGGAGGACAUGCAGAAAUAGUUAAACUACUACUGGACAAGGGAGCUAAUGUCAAUGUCACUGAUGUUCUUAAAUGUACACCACUUGUCUUAGCCUGUAUAGGAGGACAUGCAGAAAUUGUUAAACUACUAAAGGAGAUUGGUGGAGUUGAUAUCAAUGCUACUGAUGAACUAAAGAAUACACCACUUGUUGUGGCUUGUAAAGCAGGACAAAAAGGAGUAGUUGAAAUGUUACUGAAGAUUGGAGCUAAAGUCAAUGUCACUGAUUAUGAUGGAAAUACACCACUUGCUAUAGCUUGUAUGAAAGGGCAUACAGAAAUAGUUGAACUACUACUGAACCAUGGUAUAGAUAAUACCAAUAACACUAAAAAUAAAAUAGCCAGUGCAGAAGGGCAGCCUGAAAGAGUUAAAAUUAAUGGCACUAAUAAAAAAAAACAUACAGCACUUCAUAUUGCCUGUUAUAAAGGACAUACAGAAAUAGUUGAACUACUACUGAAGCAUGGAGCUAAAGUUGCUAUAUUUAAUGAAGAUCGUCUUAAUGCUCUUGAUAUUGCUGUAGAGGAAGGAAAAAAAGAUGCUGCAAUGGCUAUAGUCAAAAGUGAUAAGUGGAAGAAUGCAUUACGUAGUUAUACAGUGGAUACAAGUCAUCAAAGUGGUGAUAAAGUCUGUGGAAUUAGAAGACUAUGUUGUUGCAAAAAUGAUGAUGCUAAUAAGCAAUUCACAACACCAAUGAGAAGGAUAAUUAAGAAGAUGCCAGAUGUAGCUAAAGUUGUUUUUGAGAAGUGCUGUGAGACAGACAAACCACCAGAUCAUCCUAAUCAUGAGAUUAAAUUUAAUUAUGAGUUUCUUGAUGAUUUUGACAAAAUAUGGACUCGACGAUCAAAAUACUCUAGUGAGAAUCAUUGCCUUAGUAUUCUUGCUAAUUCACCAAGUGCUGAUUUAUUAAAGCAUCCACUUGCUGCUACCCUGCUUGAUCAAAAAUGGAAUAAAAUAGGACGGAUAGUCUAUUACACUAAUUUGAUAUUUUAUUUUCUGUUUGUCAUUUUACUGACAUCAUAUGCUCUCACUGUCCAUCCUCCAAAUUCAAACAUAUGUAUGGAAGUAUUUGGAAAUGGCAAUGAAACAUCUAUUGAUUGCCUUCCAGAGGAAAGAUUUAUAUCUCAAAGAUACAUACCUAUUGCUAGUAUAUGCCUGAUAGUUUAUUCUGCAAUCUUGAUAAUACGAGAGGCAUUUGAAUUGAUUUUGUUUAGAGAAAAGUAUUUUACCAGUUUUGUUAACUAUAUUGACGUCUCACUGUUUAUCUUUACGAUAAUGUUUGCAUCAGUACAUGGCAACCAGUGCUAUUGUACUCGUCCAUGGCAGUGGCAGGUUGGAGUGAUUGCUGUAUUCCUCAGUUGGAUUGCACUGAUACUCUCCAUAAGGAAGCUACCAGUAGUUGGAAUAUAUGUGGUCAUGUUUAUUAAGAUUUUUAACAACUUUAUCAAGGUUGUCAUCCUUGCCUUACUAUUAAUCUUAGCCUUUGCAGUUCCUUUUUACAUGAUGUUUUAUGAUCCUCAAGAUAGAGCAGAAGGAAUACGUACUCCAUUUAUCACUCCAUGGAGGACAACUGUUAAAGCAAUAUCAAUGACAGUGGGAGCACUUGAUAUAGAUUCAUUAUUGCGACAGGAUGAUCAAAGGAAUGCCCCUGAUGUACAGUAUCCAGUAGUUGCAUUUUCAUUGGUAAUUGUGUUUGUGAUUUUAAUGCCAAUUCUAUUCCUUAAUCUAUUGAUCGGUUUAGCUGUUGGUGACACUGAUGAAAUACAAAAAUCAGCUGAUACUUACAGACUAACUCUGAGGGUUGAAUUUACACUACCUAUUGAGCAACUUCUAAGAUCAUUUAGAAGCUAUAUUGAUGAAAAGGGGCGACUAAGAAAAGUUUCAUUUUUGUUAGGAAAGAUUGUAGCUGUUACUAAAACUGAUAAACCAAACAAACACAACUUCUUGAAACAAAAAAUUGAUGAGAUUGAGAAAUCUAUUAAAACUGAACCUCCAGCAACUCUAACUCAUGUUAAAAAUCAAACCAAAUCAUUAUCUGACGAAAUGAAGAGCCUACACAAUUCAGUAUCUCAGGAGGUGAAAGACCUACGCAGUUCAGUAUCUGAGGAGGUGAAGGACCUACGCAGUUCAGUAUCUGAGGAGGUGAAGGACCUACGCAGUUCAGUAUCUCAGGAGGUGAAGGACCUACGCAGUUCAAUGGAUCAGUUGUUAGCUAUUGUUAACAGUAUGAAUGAAAGAGUAGGAGGAGGAGGAGGAACAGAAGGAGAAGAAAAAGGAGGAGGAGGAGGAACAGGAGCUGGAGGAACAGGAGCUGGAGGAAUAGGAGCUGGAGGAACAGAAGGAGGAAGAGGAGGAACAGGAGCCAGAGGAUUAGAAGAGGAGGUGGAGCAAAAGAAAUAAUUUUGCUUAGCUUGUGGAGGAGGAAGGAGAGUGAUUUUUAACGUUAAAAAUUAAAAUUA